AUGCAAAAUAAAAAACAAAAAAUUGAAUACAUCAGACGUGAAAAAUAUGCAAAAUACGAGUAUAAAAAUUCGUCUUAUGCAGAGACCUAUAAAGUGUUACAAUCCUUACGAGAAGAUGGGUCUUUUUGUGAUGUUAAACUAGAAACAGACGAUAACAAAAUAAUAGUCACACAUAAAGAGGUUUUAGCAUCAGCUAGUCCGUUUUUCUAUGAAAAGUUCACCAAUUGUUCAGAAAGGAACCAUGAUAUUGUGGUUAUGAGACAGAUAGAUUCAACUGCUUUACAGCUGAUAGUAAACUUCUUUUAUUCGGGGUAUAUCGUGGUCACUGGAGAAAACGUCCAGGUUUUAUUACCGGCGGCGAACCUCUUGCAGUUACAAGAAGUAAAAGACGUGUGUUGUGAUUUUUUACAGUCACAGCUCGGCCCUACGAAUUGUAUCGGUAUAUACGAUAUAGCUGAUUUACAUAGCUGUACGAAAUUGUCAACAAGUUCAGAAUUAUUUAUUCAACGACACUUUUCAGAAGUAGUUGGCGGUGACGAAUUCCUAUCUUUAUCAUCGGAACAAGUGAUUAAGUUGAUCUCUAGUGACGAACUUAGAGUUCCAUCCGAAGAAAAAAUAUUUGAAAGUGUUAUUCGUUGGGUAAAAUAUGAAUUGGAUUCAAGAAACUAUAUUUUACCCCAAUUAAUGGAACACGUAAUGAUUACAUUAGUGAGGCAUUACAUUUUCAUAGACUCGAGUCAGGAAAUUUUAUUCCACAAAACAUCCGAUAUAAACCCAGACAUGGAGAUAAAUUGUUGGUGGAUUUUUUACUUUAAAAGUAAUAAGAUAGGAUUUUACGACCCAAAAAUGAACCUGUGGCAUAAUGGACCAACAAUGGGAAGAAGCCGUAAUAAUCCUUGUCUAGCUGUAGUUAGAGAUAAUUUAGUGUUUGCCGUGGGUGGUUCUACUCAUGAUUUUAAACCACUUCGGUCUGUUGAUGUACUUGACUUAUCUGCAGAAUCACCGCGUUGGAAACCUAGUGUUGACAUGUUACAUGAACGACACAUUUUUGGAGUUGGUGUAAUCGAUAACAAUCUAUAUGCCGUCAGCGCACAUAAUUUUAGUGAUCCGGAAUUAGCUACUGUAGAAGUAUUUGAUUGCAAUACUCAAGAAUGGCGGAUGAUGUAUAAAAUGUCUACUAGAAGUUCUGACCCUGGGGUCGGGGUCCUGAAUAAUCUUUUAUAUGUGGUAGGAGGUUUCGAUAUUUCAUCACGGCAGGUUUUAGACACUGUCGAAUGUUUCGAUCCCAGUCUCGAUACAUGGACACCCGUCGCAAAUAUGUCUGUAGGACGCAGAAGUGCUGGAGUAGGAGUUUUGGACGGUGUACUGUAUGCUGUGGGUGGUAAAGAUAGAUCAAACAUUCUGAGUAGUGUUGAAGCAUACAGACCAAGUACAGGAGUUUGGACUACUGUCGCGGCCAUGAAUUUGCCUCGAUCACUUCCAGGAGUAAUUGCAUUAGACGGUUCUAUGUAUGUAAUCGGUGGAUUUGACUGCACUUCUUUAAUGAAAUAUACAGAAUGUUACAGCCCCAAAACCAAUAUCUGGACUAAAGUCACAACGCCAAAAUAUUUUGCUCACUAUACUUCAGGUGGAGUAGCCAUUAAUAGGCCACGACAUAUUAAAACUUGUUAA